AAAAGCGAGAGAGAUGGAAGGAGAGAGGGAGGGAGCUCAGGGAGGGAGGGAAGUGGGCUCGUCUUCCCCCUCCUCUGUCAUUCUUCCCUUUUUUUAACCCGAUACAACUCCACCGCCGGAGAACCCGUUGGACUGGCCAAUCGGACGGCCGGAAUCCCACCUGUUCCCGGCCUUACUUUUUCUUCCCCUCAGCUGCUUCCAGCUCCUCCUUCCCGAUAUCCUCCCUGGAUUCCCCCCUCCAUCUCGAUGGCGAAAUUCCCACCGGAAAACGCAUAAGAAUCAGUUAAUUCUUAGGGCUUCGACUCUCCUCCCUACGAAACGGAAUUAGCACCCUGAUGAUUCCCCAGCCUAAAUUUCCAAGAUCACGUGGUUAUUGUCUCUGUCUAAUCGAAGAAUUGGAUUCUGAUCGUGAUUCCGGUUGCUUUCAAGCAGUGGCUCGUCCAAUUUGGCCUCGAGAUCCCGUACAAAAGCCGCUUAGUUGAUAGCUGAAGACUUGGUUUAUUGUGCCUGCUUGUGUGUAUCCUUUUGGAAGAUCGUUAGGGAAUCGUUGGGUGCGGUCCGUAAUUUGAUGCAUUCAAGUUCUUUCUUUACGUUUUGAUCUGGAUCAAAGAUUUCUGAGAUCGGAAUACUUUCUGCAUCCCAAAUCCUUCGUCUUCGUGCCGUUUGCUUCGAAACCGCUCCGGCUUCAGCGGUUUCUCGGGUGUUCACUGUUGACAGAGAAAAAAAUAAGUUCACCGAAUUUCGGCUCUGACGGAUCUUCGUGCAGUUUGUUUUGAUGCAGAGGGAUUGCUGCUGUUGUUAAUACGCUUACCCUCACAUUGAAGAAUUUCGCGGAUUCUUCUUAGCCACGUGCAUUUCAACGGCAUGGGUUAGGAGAAGCAUUGGUUGGAAGAGUAGUUUGUGUCUCUUUUUUUGUUUCCGGUAUCUUAUCUUCGUUUGAAUUGGCAGGUCUAGUUGAAGUUGCCAAUGGCCAAUUUCAAAGGUAUUGGAAAUGGUGGUAUUUGGUCGUACUCUGGAAGACAGCAACCACAUCUCCCUCCUAAGAGCCCUUUUCCUAGUGUAACCCCUGGCUUUGUAGAUUAUGGUUCUUCUCAUGCAACAACCUCAAGAGGCAUCCCAAAACCACAAGAGGGGCAGAAGCAUCAUCAGCGCACUUCCUCUGAGAGUUGUCUCAUUGAUGAGCAGCCUUCAUGGCUUGAUGACCUGCUGAAUGAACCUGAAACACCUGUCAAAAGGGGAGGCCACCGCCGAUCCUCGAGUGACUCUUUCGCUUAUUUGGAAGUGCCGAGUAGUUUUCCUGAUGUAGAUAAUGUGUCUCAGUCGGAAAGUUUGUAUGGAAACAUUUCUUCCAUGACAUUGAGGGGGCCUUUGGACUUUCAACGAGCUAAGGAUGACUAUCAUGCUUCUUUCUACUCUGAUGCAAAUUCUUUUGGCGUGCAAACAGUGAAUAGGAGAUGGAAUUCAACCCCGAAUAGUAUCCGUCCAGUCAGCCAUAAAUCUGCAAAAAAUAAUGCUAAGUCUGUGAGUUUAACAUCACCAUCGACUCAGAAAGAUGGGCCAUCUGCAACUGCUGAAAAGCAGAGUGUACAGGAUUCUGCUCCACAUGAUCAGAAAGGGUCUUUAGAAAAAGUGGAGGGUUCACAUGCUAAGCAAUCAUCAGCUGAUGUGGAUCAAAAACGUGUGAAACAGAUUCCACAAUGCAGGCAAUUUGCUCAGCGUUCUCGAGUUAGAAAACUUCAGUAUAUAGCCGAACUAGAAAGAAAUGUUCAGGCUUUGCAGGCUGAAGAAUCUGAAGUUUCAGCUGAACUGGCUUUCCUUGACCGGCAGCAUCUCAUACUGAGCUUAGAGAACAAGGCAUUGAGGCAACGGUUAGAAAGCAUCGGUCAGGAGCAACUUGUGAAGUAUCUGGAGCAGGAGAUGUUGGAGAAGGAAGUUCAGAGGUUGAAGAUGUUACUUUGUCAGCAGCAGCGUUGCUAUGACCAACAGGCCUCUGCCACAACUUCCAGGGAUCUAAGUUCUCAGUUUACUGCUCUCUCCCUAAGCCGUGGCCAGCGCAGCUCCAACCGGGACUCCCUCAGUGGGCCUUUACGUAUCUGAAGCUGCUGCAGUGUUUACCUUAUCUGCCUCCACUUGCUGCUUCUUAAAGCAGUUCCAUAUCUCUGUCCUUCACAUCCUCAGAUACACAUAACAGAACUGAGUUUGUUGUGUCCUGCAAGGAUGCAACAACUCUUUGUUUUCCCUCUGCACCUGGCAGUCUGGCCGGAAGAUCUUCCGGUGGCUGAGAGACUGACUGCCUGUGGUGAUGGCUUAUUAUAGCUGCUGAGUUACUGUACACUGACCAUACCGAGCAUCUUUGUUCUCCUUUUUCCUUGACUGUUAUCCCUAAUGUAUCAGGCAGAUGGGAUCUGCAAUACUAAGUUGACCUUUCGGUCGCUUCCUUGGUCUGUGCAGAACCAUCUAACUGUUUCUGCUCAUGGUGUUUCUCCCUGAAAUUGGUGAAUUAACUGCCUUCUUGUUUA